AUGGUAUGUAUUUCCAUGGAGGCCCAAAGAAAAUGCCUUUUCCGCCUUCGAGACCCAACCCGAGUCUUCGUCUCGCGAUGUCGUGACGUACCAGCGCGGUUUCGUUUCCUCUUGCGCCUGCGCAAUCGCUCCUUCAACUUUCUCUCAGUUACUAUGGCCACUGGACUGAGUGGCAUGUUUGGGAACCAGGGCCCGGUGCCCCCCCCGCCCCCUCCCCCGCCGCCCCCUCCGGUGGCCUCCGGAGGUCAGGGACUCGCGGGACUCCUUCCGCCGAACCCCACGGGUCCGCGAAACCCCAUCGGUACCCUUGUGGAUGAUCUGGAGGCUUCUUUUGAGGCUUGCUUUGCAUCCCUUGUAAGCCAAGAUUAUGUAAAUGGUACAGAUCAAGAAGAAAUUAGAACUGGUGUUGAUCAAUGUAUCCAGAAAUUUUUAGAUGUUGCACGACAAACAGAAUGCUUUUUUCUACAGAAAAGGUUACAAUUAUCUGUCCAGAAACCAGACCAAGUAAUUAAGGAGGAUGUUUCAGAACUGAGAAAUGAAUUGCAGCGGAAAGAAACACUAAUUCAGAAACACUUGGGAAAACUUCGUCAUUGGCAACAAGUUUUAGACGAUAUUAAUAUCCAGCAGAAGAAACCUACUGAGAUGCCUCAGGGACCUCUAGCUUAUCUAGAACAAGCUUCAGCCAAUAUUCCUGCACCUCUCAAGCAAACGUGAAAAGAAGCAUCAUUGAAAUGCUGGAAUAAUUUUUGCUAGACCUUCAUAAAUAACAUUGUACAUUUUGUAUUGAAAAUAUGUUGUUUUUGAAAAACUAGACAGCAAGGAGCCUAACAUAAAUGAGGCUACUGCUGUCAUUGUAUGGAUCAGAAAGUGUGAUUCUUUUAUUCUAUCUCCUGCAAACAACACUGUCUCCCUGGCUAUGGAGAUAUUCUAAGGAACAAGAACAGUCUAUCCCAUGAGCUUCCAACAUAAUUUUACUUCUGUAAAUCAAGUGAUUGCCGUUAACAUUAUCUUUUGUAAUCAUGGUGCUUUUAAUAUCCUUGGGACAGUUGCUUCUGGUUCUGUGCUUAAACAUUCUUGUGACACUAUAAAAAAAUGCCUAUGAGAAAUAUGUCACAAUCUGAAUUGUUUUAAUACAAACCAAAAUUACUUUCUGAAUCUACUUUUUGAGUUGGGCAGCUGUAUGCUUUUAAGUAAAUUAAAAAAUGCACAUGGACAAAUUAAUGUUUAUCUUUAUUUUAAUGAUGUUACAAAUGAAUAUCUGGUGAAAGUAGUUUUUAUUUUUGUGUGAUAAAUUAACUUUAUAUAUACAAACAUAGGUGUUACUUUUUUACAGACCACUUACGAGAAUUCUAUUUUCCUAAGAAGGUUCUAUUACAUAUUGCAUAGUGAUAAUAAAAGUUGGCAUUUUAAAAAUUGUUCUUAGUUUUCUUCCUCUUAAAAUUACUUUAAUACUCUAAUAGUUGGCACUUACUGGUAAUUAUGUCACAAUUCAACAUAGAAAUCGUCACUAAAUCUGAGCUGAACUGUGGUAAUGAUGUCAAGGCCAUUGCAAGUGCAGAGAAUGCAAAUAUACUAUUAUUUUGUUUAAACAGAUGUUAUAAGAACAUUUCAGAUAAUGUAGAUAUGUACUAAGAUUUUUUCUGAAAUCUCUAAAAAGUAAACCUGAAUUCAAGUGGAAUUGGAGUGGAAUGCUCCAGCCAUUUUGAUACUGGUGUGCUAUCAUUUUGAGAUUACACAUACAUAUAUAUUUGAUGCAUGAAUCCCAAUUGGUAUAUUCUUUCACUGAAAUUUUUCCACUAGUAAUACUGGGAAAACUUUUUUUCUUCUUUGCUGACUCUCACACAUCCUGAAAAUGUGUUUUGGCAGUUGGGGCAGGCAAGGAGAAUGUCCAAUAGGUAAAAUGGCAAAAUACAUGACUUUGCCCAGGAUGAAUUUAAAUGCUCAGUUCUAAUUUAAAUACAUAACAUUCAAAUAUAUUGAACACAGCACUUAAAACCUUUGUUUAUUUUUAGAAAUAAAAAAAUCUGGGUACAUCACAGGUGUGUGCAGAUUCAUGGUUGACUAGAACCAUUUUCUCCACUUAUGUGCCUAUGUUUUAGACCAAGGUUAAGAGCUCAGCUGUGACUGAGCAUAAAAACAUUCCACUUCUAAAUACAAUAUGCAUUUAAAGUAUAUAUUAUAGCAAACUACAUAGCAAGUUAACUAUCUUUGAGUUGUCAAAGUCUUAUUUACUAAUAACUGGGAAAAUUAACUUUCAAUGUUUCAAAGUGUAUAUGUUGCUAUUAGUAUUUCAAAGUGUCAAACGGUUUAAGAUUGGGAAACAUUUAAGCACAACCUCUUCAUGUCUUAUCUGUCUGGCUUUAUUUUUCUAUUUUGUUGGUUUUUUAUAAGUAAAUGCCCAGAACCAGCAUUUCUUAUAUGUAUGUAAAUAAAUGAAAUAUGUUUA